UCCCGGCGCCCGCCCCAGCUGCCGCCCGCCCGCUCGCCGGUGCAGCCGCUAUGCCCCGGGGCCCGACCCCGGCCCGGGUCCCCGGCCCACCGCGUAAUUAGCUUCCGUGCGCGCCGCCGCCAACGUCGCGCCCAGACGCAGCGAUGGGCAACACGGUGCACAGGACCCUGCCAGAGUCCAGCCCGCCCGCGCGCCUCCUGGCCACCCGGCCGUGCUGCGGGCCCGGCCCCGAGCGGCGCCCGGUGCUGGGCGAAGCGCCGCGCUUCCACGCGCAGGCCAAGGGCAAGAACGUGCGGCUGGACGGCCACUCGCGCCGGGCCACGCGGCGCAACAGCUUCUGCAACGGCGUCACCUUCACGCAGCGGCCCAUCCGGCUGUACGAGCAGGUGCGGCUGCGCCUGGUGGCCGUGCGCCCCGGCUGGAGCGGCGCGCUGCGCUUCGGCUUCACGGCGCACGACCCGUCGCUCAUGAGCGCGCACGACAUCCCCAAGUACGCCUGCCCCGACCUCGUCACGCGGCCCGGCUACUGGGCCAAGGCGCUGCCCGAGAACCUGGCGCUGCGCGACACCGUGCUGGCCUACUGGGCGGACCGCCACGGCCGCGUCUUCUACAGCGUCAACGACGGCGAGCCGGUGCUCUUCCACUGCGGCGUGGCCGUGGGCGGCCCGCUCUGGGCGCUCAUCGACGUCUACGGCAUCACCGACGAGGUGCAGCUGCUCGAGAGUGCCUUCGCCGACACGCUGCCGCCCGCGCGCCUCGGCCAGGCCCGCUUCAGCGCCUGCCUGCCGCCCAGCAGCCACGACGCGGCCAACUUCGACAACAACGAGCUGGAGAACAGCCAGGUGGUGGCCAAGCUGGGCCACCUGGCGCUGGGCCGCGCCCCGGGCCCGCCGCCCGUCGACGCCGCCGCCCUGCCGUGCGGGCCCCGCGAGCGCCCGCGGCCCGCGUCUUCGCCGGCGCUGCUCGAGGCCGACCUGCGCUUCCACGCGACGCGCGGGCCCGACGUGAGCCUGUCGGCCGACCGCAAGCUGGCCUGCGCGCCGCGGCCCGACGGCGGCCGCACGCUCGUCUUCUCCGAGCGCCCGCUGCGGCCCGGCGAGAGCCUCUUCGUGGAGGUGGGCCGCCCGGGGCUGGCGGCGCCCGGCGCGCUGGCCUUCGGCAUCACGUCCUGCGACCCGGGCGCGCUGCGGCCCGCCGAGCUGCCGGCCGACCCCGACGCGCUGCUCGACCGCAAGGAGUACUGGGUGGUGGCGCGCGCCGGGCCCGUGCCGAGCGGCGGCGACGCGCUCAGCUUCACGCUGCGGCCCGGCGGCGACGUGCUCCUGGGCGUCAACGGGCGCCCGCGCGGCCGCCUCCUGUGCGUCGACACCACGCAGGCGCUCUGGGCCUUCUUCGCCGUGCGCGGCGGUGCCGCCGGCCAGCUGCGCCUCCUCGGCACCCAGCAGUCCAGCCCUGCAACCACGUCUCCGUCAGGGUCCCUCAGUGGCUCCCAGGACGACAGUGAUUCCGACAUGGCCUUCAGUGUCAACCAGUCCUCCUCGGCGUCUGAGUCAUCCCUGGUGACGGCCCCCAGCUCCCCGCUGAGCCCCCCGGUGUCCCCUGUGUUCUCUGCACCGGAGCUGGCAGGCAACAAGAACGGCGAGUGCACGGUCUGCUUUGAUGGUGAAGUGGACACAGUCAUCUACACGUGUGGACAUAUGUGUCUGUGCCACAGCUGCGGCCUGCGGCUCAAGAGGCAGGCCCGGGCCUGCUGCCCCAUCUGCCGGCGGCCCAUCAAGGACGUCAUCAAGAUCUACAGGCCGUAGCCUGGCCCACUGACGGGCCUUGGCCAGAGCAAGGUCACCUUUCUGAAGCCCCCCUAGGCCGGGCAACCACCGUGGCCACCAGGGAAUCCAAGGGCAGCAGCCAUCUCGUCUGCCACUCUCCAGUGGUGGGCAAGGCGUGACAGUCGUGGAGACAAGGCCCCGAGGGUCUGAGCCCAGGCAAGGGCUAAUUCUGGCUCAAAAGUGCUUUGCCCCCAAAAGGCCGCCCAGGAGCAAGCUCAGGAACUGCCUGGCAGACUGUCCGGUCCCUCGGUGACCUCGCAGCUGGGGAGCGUCCUCUGUGCAAUGCUUUUUGCUGGGGUUGGGUUGAGCGUGUGAGAGAGAAGUAGCGGGGAGGGUGGGAGACGGAGGAGAGGGAGGGGCUGUGAGAGGAUGAGAGAGAUGGCAUAGGUGUUUAUCCAGGGAUUCUGGCUCUGGGAGGAGGUUUAAGACUAAGGAAUGUGCAAUCCAGAGUCCAGACAUUAGCACGACUAGAAGGCGCUCACUUUCUGGGGCUGUGAUGUCAGCUGGUUUUGAAUGUACGAGGCCUGCACCUGAACAGAACUCCCUUGGAUGGUGUAGAAAAGGACUCAGAUUUUCUAAGGGGAGGAAAAAAUAGCUCAUUGUUUACAGCUCCACAGCAGCGCUCCUUGGGGGGAGGUGGGCGGAGAACAUCAAAGAACGGUUUGCUUGUUUCGUUUCUGACUCGUCUUGGAGAGGAGCUUUGCUGGGCACUGUGGCCGAGAGCUCUGGGCAGUGUCCUCUCCAGAAUCUUUUCCCCGCUUCCCCCCGGACAGCCUGCUCACGAGCACACCGCACCUUGACUCCGUCCCCAGAUGCUUUCUGUCUGUACCACCCGUCCCGUCCCCAAGGAGAAGACAAGCAGCAGGUUCUCUUUUCCAGGAGAGGGGAAGGAAUCCCGGAGGCAGGUGACUCACCCGGACUUGGAAAGGCCGCUCCAUUGCACAGACAGCCCUGCACAGUUUCUGUUGUAAGCAGGCCUGGCGUUCGCCUGCGGCUUGGGCCUCACAGGGCAGCCUGCGGGGAGCAGGGCUUUGCCACUGGUCUGUGUCCUGAUUCUCAGCUUACCUUCCCCUGCUGGCUGCUAAGAUGGUACUUGGUCAUUAAGAUGUUAGCUAAUAACUGAGACGUUAGCUGACAGUUCUGACAUUGGGCCUCUCCCCCUUCCCAGGGCUGUUUCCUAGGUAUUUCCUGGGACCCGGCCCCUAUCCCCACCCCUGCCUGGGCCCACCUCUGCGCACUCCCAGACCACACCUGGGCUGAUGCGCUGGCAGGCCUGCCCCUCCCUCCUGGGCCCCCUCUGCCCUGUCUUGUGCUGUACUUGUGCGGAAGUCCCUGGGCCUCUCUGUUUCUCGGUCCCCAGCCUGUCCAAGAGGAAGCCUCGGGCCUGGCCACCCCAGAGCUCUUGGGAGGAUCAGCACGUUCUCAAAAGCCCGAGACACCUUGCCGAGAGCAGGUAUCAUUUUUAUUACAAUUCCUAGUCUGUCCAUCUGCUGAGGGGGGCAGGGAGAGGAGAGCGUGCAGAGAGUUUACCCAUCACAUAACACACACUUGCUGGGUGUCCGGGCCCGGGGCCCAGCGCCGGCCUCUCCUCAGAUCAAGUCCCACAAGACCACUGGGUCCUCGAGAUGCCCUGCGUCUCGGACCACCUGCUUCUCUGGCUGGAAGUGGUCACAGUUUCCUGAUCUCGACUUCAGAAACCCCAUUCUUGCCCCUGCAAGAACCCCUGAUUGGUUCUUUUUCCCUAGUGAAGUUGAGAAACAUGCCCCCAUUUUAAUUUUCCAGCAGAAGUUUCUUGGGAGCUACUAGAACCCUGGCGUUUGCCAAGAUAAGGGCUUGAGAAUCUAGGCAGCGCUCGGUGCCCUGCUAAAUUUGGGCACUGGGAGCCGUCCAUCUGCCCCGUGCGCUGGAUGGGGCACAGGCCCAGGUGAGAGGACUCGUCACCCCCCGGACUGUGGUUCUCCAGGCAACAGUGCCCCUGACUGGAUUGAGCCAGCCUCGAGGCCCAGUGGUCUCAGCAGCCUGGGGGAGCCAGCCCCUCUCGCCUGCCCCUUGCCCUCCCUGACUGGCCCCUUGGGUUCCAGCUGCGGUCAUGCACAGCCACCACCAGGAAACCAGUGACCGAGGACCUGGCCCGGGGUGGACCAGGCCGUGCUCCUGGUAACCUGUUACCUGGGAAGAAAGGAGCUGGUGGCCUGUUUAACUUGCUCCGCAGCUGCUAUAAAUAGCCUCCCUGUUUUCAAGAGGAAUUAAGGGGGUGUUUAUCUUCUAAAAACCAGACAUUUCCUGAUGCUCUAAACUGAUUUAUUCAGCGCUGCAGAGGAGCUGCUCACGUCGCCCUCUGUGUUCUGUCUGGAGAAGGGGGCAGGAGACACGGGAGAGGGGCCGCUCCUUUUUGUUUCCCGUCCCCAUGUGCCUGGGUGCUGGGCUGGAGGGGAGCCACACGCCCUCCUCCUGGGGGCAGGUCUUAUUACCAUACAGAGGCGUGUCUAAGACACCACCCAUGACAAGACAGGCCAUUUUACGUACCACUAAGAAAAAACGCUGCCAGCUUUCACGGUAAGAUGCGGCAGCUAUCCAGUUCAUCCUCAUCAGAGAUGGUGCAAUGGGAAAGAAUCUCUGCUCCU